AUGGAAGGUUCGUCGCAGAAAGAGGUGAGACAGAUACUUUCGCACGAAGGAGCCGCCGGCGGUGGAGCAGCGGCCGCGGCGGCUGCGCGACCCACCACCCUUGCUUUUGAAGCGCCCAACCGGGGUCCAUCGCCGCUACCUCUACCGUUGAAACCUCACUGGUUUUACAUGAAACAGAACGAAAAGCAGUGGAUACCGUUCUCUUUGCUGGAUUCAAAUGAGCUCGAAAAUGCGCACGUUAAGGGCGAUGGCAUCGUCACCGUCUGUGGGGGGAGGUUUGAAGUCGAUUUAUCAUCGAAAAAAAUGUAUCCUGUAUAUUGGCAGGAGCCGGUUGUUAUUCACGUGAGGAGAUGCAGUUGGUUCUUCAAAAACGAAGGCGACACGAAAUACACACCCUAUGAUGAAGAUAUUGCUCAUAUCCUCGAGGAAACGUAUCAGAAAUGUCAUAACUUGAAUAAAUGGAAUCGUCAGAUAGACAUCGGAGGAAACCAAUACGUAAAGAUGUUUAAUCCCAAUUUGAUGACGCAUCAAGUGGCCAGUGGUUUUGCUGACGAGUGGGGGAACAUCUCGGAUUCUGCUCCGCGUCCUCGUAUGGUCAAGCGAGGUGCGGAAAAUAUCGCCGAAGGAGUGUUCGAAGCCGGCGAGAGUGAGACGAUCGAUCAUUUGAUUUUCGUCGUACACGGUAUCGGGGCUGUUUGUGAUUUCAAAAUGCGCACUGUAGAACAAUGUCUCGACGAAUUCCGAUCGAUGAGCAAUCAGCUCAUACAAAAUCAUUUCGCGGAGCAAUUUCAAACGGGCAAAGUCGGUCGAGUCGAGUUCCUGCCCGUUUCGUGGCACAGCAAACUCCACGGCGAGACAACGGGUCUCGACGAGAAACUACAGAAAAUCACCAUAAACACUAUAAGUCGAGUACGGGAAUUCUUGAAUGACACCAUUCUCGACGCUCUGCUGUACACAUCCCCUGUUUACUGCCAAACGAUAGUCGAUCAAGUAGGAUCCGAGUUGAAUCGUCUGUACCACUUGUUCAAGAAGCGCAACCCCAAGUUCAACGGGACCAUCGGACUCGCCGGGCACAGCUUAGGCUCCCUGAUUUUGUACGACAUCCUGAUCCACCAAAGACCGGCUUCCGCAACCCCCGUGGUCACCCCCCAGACUUCCAUCACGCCCGCGACACUAGAGGAGCUCUUCGAUCAGCUGGCGAUUGAACGAAACCACAUCGAUAUCUUGAAGAAACACGAAGUCGACGUGAAAGCCCUGGAAUUCAUGAACGAGGCUGACCUUCUGGGCUUGGGGAUACCGGUUGGACCUGUGAAGAAAAUCAUCAAUGUCUUGAACCGAUAUCCAAAAAAAGUUCUACGAAGGAAGCAGAGUUACACGAGGGCCGAAUUUCUAGUUCAAGGGAACGAAGGCACGGGUCAACUCACUGUGAACUACCCGCAACUGGAAUUCCAGCCCGACUGCUUCUUUGCGAUGGGAAGCCCCAUCGCCAUGUUCAUCGUGGUCCGAGGCAACGAAACUCUAGGGAAGGACUACCGCUUGCCAACUUGUCCCCGUUUCUUCAAUAUCUACCACCCCUACGAUCCAAUCGCAUACCGUAUGGAACCUCUCAUCGAUCCCUCGCCAAAUCUUGAACCUGCUCAAAUUCCGCACCACAAGGGGCGCAAGAGAAUCCACCUCGAAGUCAAGGAGUCGCUGAAGAAAGUCUCAACCGAAGUGCGGCAGAAGAUUGUAGGGGCCGUAUCUGUGCUCAGUAGUUCGUUACAGCGAAGAGAUUCUGAUGUGAAAGAAACUCCCGGACAGGACCCGACUUUGGCGGAAGGGAAGCUGUCAGCAGUUUCUGAAUGGGCGUUGAAUUCGGGUCGUCGCGUCGACUACGUGCUGCAAGAAGGACCUUUCGAAAGUUUCAACGAAUACCUGUCCGUGCUCUUCAGUCACGCUUGUUACUGGGAGUCGGAAGAUACAUUACUUCUCAUGGUCAAAGAGCACUACGCUCUUCGCAAUAUUCACCCGAACACAGCAACGAAAUACGCCCCACUGAUCCCUUUCUAUCCAUUAUCGCCCACCUCGCCGACGGAGCCUGGCGGCGAACGAGAUAAGGAAGCAGAAGUUGGACCUUUCUGGAGCUCUGUGGCGACGAUAACCAAUUACUUCUCUUCAUCGCGACCCGAGCCUCCGCAAAAGCCUCUUUCGACCGAUAGUUGAGCACAUUCAGCGCUGUUGCUGUUUGUAUGCCAGUUGUCGAAAUUGUGAUCAAGACGUGUGAGAUUCCAAAAACUCCAAAGGGACGACACUGUUCCGGAUGCCACAGAGAGUUUCCCCGCGGGGUCGAUCUAUUUACUUUCACCUGCUCCGGAACGGAGGGGAUCUCCCCAAGUGGUCUCAGGGUACUAUCUGCUCUACGGAAAUGCACUUACGGUGUUCUUA